AUGGAAUUAACAGUGACUGGGCGUGGCAUUGGGCGUGGCCGCUUCAUUUCCCCUGUUCGAAGUUCUGGCAAUAUUUUCGCGGAGGAGAGAGAGCACCGUAAACGAAAAUCCAAAAAGGACAGGCAUCAUCGGUCUUCGAGGUCUAGCACUCCACACAAGCGGUAUAGACGUGAAUCAACUCUGUCUAGGUCUUCGAACGAGAAGGGAAGCAAUUAUGGGAACAGCAAACAUAGCUGUUCGAGAAGCAGCAGUCGAAACAGUCGGUCGAAAUCGAAGUCUCGUUCCCGUUCCUCCUCUUGGCGUUCGAAUUCACCCCACAAAAACAAAAAGAGUAAAAAGCAACGAAGUUUAAGCGGUUCCCCUUUGGACACUGGCCGAAUGGAAUUACGCUCCUUCUCAAAAAAUUUGGCCAGGGAAAAAUAUUUGAAAGCUAAAAAUGAGGAAAGACAACAGAUUUAUUACCGUAACCACCAUCACCACCACUACAGUAGUCAUCAAAACAUUCACAAAAUUAAAUACAUAAAGGACUCAAAGGAAGGGAAAAGAAGCUCGAAAAGCAGCAAGAAAUCCUCCAGCAAAAAGAAGCGUCAUCGUCGCAGUUCAAGCUCUUCCACCUUUUCAUCCGCCUUUAGCCACAAAUCCUCCAUUAACGACGAUUCCCCCAAAUCACCUUCCCCAACAAUUAUAAUGAAUGAGGAGUUAAAGGAAGAAGAAAAAUUGAAAGAGAAGGACGAAAAGGAAGAAGAAUUUGAUGAAAAUAUAGAAUUAAUAUAUGAAGAUUAUAAUGUUAGGGAGGAGGAGGAGGAAAAGAAAAAUGAGGAGGAAGAACGUACACGUUUAAAGUUGAUGGAGAAAUUUGAAUUGAAGAGGAAGGAGAGUGAAAAUGUAAAGAAAAUUUGA